UCAGCCGCGGCGGUUGUUGUUUUGCCGAAUUCCUCAGUGCCUCUUACGUUGGCGAAUAAAUAUAAAGUGGUCAACGCGCACUCCAGUCUUACGAUUGAAUUCGCGGAUUCUUCGGCGGUGCACAGACCGCACAGUUCGCGGGAUGCAUUGACGUCAGCUGGACACAAAAGAAGCGCCCACCGCAUAAAUGACGUCACAGCCGGCUAGAGAAGGAAAAUCCGUCUGAUAGCAGAUAAAAACGUUCAUUCAGAGAAGAUGCAGCAAAACGGCGACUUUGACCGUCAGGAGGAGGACGAGGAUCGCUACAGUCCCAGGGCUUCCGACGCCGGCUCUGUGCAGGGAUCAGUUUUGGAAGAUGACGACGGUGGUCCUUGCGGCUGGUGGACCAUCAGACCGAGACUUCUACAGAAGUUCCGAACACCAAAAUGGGCGCUGUUCUGGCUCUGUUGGGCUGGUGCUCUGCAAGGAAUGGUGGUGAAUGGCUUCAUCAACGUGGUCAUCACGACCAUCGAGCGGCGCUUUGGCCUGCGGUCCAGAGAGACGGGGAUGAUCGCCGGUGGUUACGACGUGGCCAGCUUUCUGUGUCUCGUCCCGGUGUCUUACCUCGGCGGACGGCCUGGGGCUUCAAAACCGCGGUGGCUUGGAUGGGGCAUUGUUAUCAUGGGGAUAGGCUCCUUCAUUUUUGGUCUUCCACACUUUGUCGCCGGCCCAUUGAGAGAGCUCGGAACGGAGAAAAUAGGCACCUGCUUCCUACCAGACCCACUUGGAAAUUCAAGUUUAAGUGGAUCGGACGAGUGCGACGCGGACUCUGGCGAAAAGUCGUUUGGCCAGUCGGGCUUCUACGUGAAAGCAUUCUGGUUCUUCUUCAUUGGGCAGCUGCUGCACGGUGCAGGUGCGUCGCCCCUCUACACCCUCGGGGUCACUUACAUAGAUGAGAACGUCUCCAAGAAGAUGUCGUCCGUUUAUAUUGGCAUUUUCUACACCAUGGCGAUUCUUGGCCCGGCAAUUGGGUUUGUUUUAGGCGGCCAGUUGCUCAGCAUCUACACAGACGUUUUUACUGCUGACCCUUCCGAACUGGGACUCACGCCAGACAGCAAUUUGUGGAUUGGAGCCUGGUGGAUUGGUUUUGUGACCUCGGCAGCAGUCUGUGCUCUUCUUGCCAUUCCUCUUCUUGCUUUUCCAGCUGAGCUCCCAGGCGCCAAAGCAAUAAAAGCAGAGAGGGUGUCUGAGGCGCAUCACACAAGCGACAGCAAAGAGGAAAUGAGCAGCAAAAUAAAGGAGCUGCCGAGGAACCUGGCUUCCCUACUUUCCAACCCAACGUUCUUCUUCCUCAAUUUAGCAGGAUCAACCGAGGGUCUUUUGAUCGCAGGAUUUGCUGCGUUUCUUCCCAAACUGAUCGAAAGCCAAUUCAGUGUCAAUGCUAGUCUGGCCGCACUUCUCAUGGGUGCAGUGACAGUUCCUGCUGGUGGUGGCGGCACCUUUUUAGGAGGGUAUCUGGUCAAAAAACUAAAUUUGUCAUGUGCCGGGAUCAUCAAACUCUGCAUGACUACAGCCUCAAUUGCUGCUUGUUUCACCCUGACCUUUUUCUUGCACUGUCCAAAUGUGUCAAUGGCAGGAAUCACUGUUGGUUACGAAAAUAUCAGCUCUCCCAAUAUGUCUCUCUAUGCACCUUGUAAUGAGGAUUGCCACUGUUCACCAAAUGUGUUCGACCCAGUUUGUGGCGCUGACAAGAUUCUUUACUAUUCCCCCUGUUUUGCUGGCUGCUCGAAUGAGUCCAGGCUUGGAGAUGUCAAGGUUUACUCAGACUGCAAGUGCAUCCCACAGAACUUCACUGACAAUGGAGCAGUGGAGGCGACCAACCAGAUGUGCCCGUCCUCAUGCUCGCUCUUAAUUCCCUUCAUUUGUCUCGCCUUUCUGGUCAUGCUGUGCACUUUUAUGGGGACAACCCCUGCACUUACAGCCACGCUAAGAUGUGUUCAAGACAGUCAGCGUUCAUUUGCUCUGGGCAUUCAGUGGAUAAAAGUUAGACUUUUAGGCACGGCUCCAGCACCAUUGCUCUUUGGAAUCUUCAUCGACCAAAGUUGCAUUCUUUGGGAAUCUGCUUCUUGUGGCACAGAAAGAGGCUCUUGCAGAUUGUACAACAAUUAUCUAAUGAGCAGGUACAUGGCAAUAUUGGCAAUGAUUUUCAAAAUGUGCUCAGUUAUCUUCUACACUUCUGCCUGGUGGUUCUACAAACCACCUCCACCUAAGGAGAGGGAGCCAGAGCCUGAAAAUGAAAUGCAACCUGCGUCUACAGAAAUCAGUUUAGUGCAGAGUCCAUCUGUGGAGGCUGUUCCGAACAACGGUGAAGUGACUGCUAGGACGGAGGACAGUGUUUAGAGACUGGUCGAGGAGAUUAUUAGUGUUUUUAUAGAUGUCACCUUGCAUUCCAAUUGCGUCACAGGCGGACGCAUUAUUUAAAGCUGUUACACUCAAGCUGUAUCCUUCUUUAUCUCUUCUGUACGUAAUUACUAUUGUAUGGAGGCUCACUUUUCUAUAUGUAUUUAUAUUUUAGAAUAUUAAAUCUUUAAAUGUUUCAAAGCAAGAUCAUUAAUUUAUUAGUCGUCUACUAUGCGCUCAUAUUGUAGUACGUUUUCACUCCUUGCAGGAUGAAUAAUAGACUGAUUAUUAUUUUACACCUCUCCGAUUUUUAUAACAUAUACUUUUACAAACGACACGACCAGUAUUCAUAUACAAAAAAAUAUGGAUGUAUUUUUUGUGUAAUAAAAAAAAAUACUGUAGCUUUACA